AUGGGUAGUACUAGGAGUAUCUUUGCGCUCUUGUGCACCGUGACCGUGGCUCUGCUGUUUCUCCUUCCGCCCAGUGCCCAUGCGGAGCUGACGGGCACAGAUGGCGUCGUAGCGAAGUCCGCCGGGUCGAUGGGAGCCACCACACGGCCGAGAAGCAUCUCUGAAGCCGUUUUUCACCGGGGCUUCUUGAUUCCACCUUUUGCAGUAGGCCAAGCAAAGCUUCGCGGGCGUCGCUUGGGCCGCCAUCACGACGACGACGACGAUGACGACUUAGACUGCAAGGACGACGACGACGACGACGACGACGACGACGACAAGAAGUACGACGACAAGAAGUACGACGACAAGAAGUACGACGACAAGAAGUACGACGACAAGAAGUACGACGACAAGAAGUACGACGACAAGAAGUACGACGACAAGAAGUACGACGACAAGAAGUACGACGACAAGAAGUACGACGACAAGAAGUACGACGACAAGAAGUACGACGACAAGAAGUACGACGACAAGAAGUACGACGACAAGAAGUACGACGACAAUCACGGCGACAACAAAUACGACGACAAUCACGGCGACAACAAUUACAACAACAAGUACAGCGGCAAUCAUGGCGACAACAAGUACAGCGGCAAUCACGGCGACAACAAUUACAACAAUAAGUACAGCGGCAAUCACGGCGACAACAAUUACAACAACAACUACAACGACAAUCACGACAAUCACGACGACAACAACUACGACAGCAAGUAUGAGAAGAUGAGCUGCUCCGAGAAGUACAAGAUGCGCUCCGAUAAGUGCAGCUACAAGCGCGAGCGGUGCGGUGGGGACGAGUACUGCGGCGCGACGAACGACGCAUGCGAGAGGAGGGCGUACUUGCUGUACGAUAAGUGCAAGCGCGGCAAGUGGACGUGCGAGAACUGGUGCGACUAUAACAGACUCAAGUGCGUGGAAGACUACCACAAGAGCAGCAGCACUUGUCAGGAUCGCGUCGAGUAUUGCUACGACAAGUGCAAGGGCAACGACAACUAUCACAAGGAUUAUAACCACAGUGACAAGUAUGAUGAUCACCACGACGGCAAGUACAACAAGAAAUACGAUGAUGACCACCAUGACGAUGACGAUCACCAUGAUGACGACGAUCAUCACGAUGAUGAUGAUCGUCAUAAUGAUGAUGAUCACCACAACAAGUACUACAACAAUCAUGGCAAGUACUAG